AUGGAACGUCCUUCGUUCUUAUCUGAAGGAGAGACACCCUCACGGGUCGGUGAUGUUACUGAAUUUGUCGAAGACGGUAAUAUUUCUCAGAUCGAAUCUCAAUGGAAUUAUUGGGAAUAUCUUUUUCCAAAUAUUAAAAUUUGUUAUCCGAUUCGUGUGAAUGAUGAUCCAGCUGUAUUGAAUUUGAUAUCUAUGAAAGGAGGUAACUUCGAUUGCACGACAAAAACAGAGAUUGAUCGAGUGAUAAAAGAUCUGCAGCUGCCAAGCUCUCGAAUUAUUUUAUCGAAUAUCAUCAAAAGUAAUUCACUCAUGCAGUACGCAGCCAGUCUUGAGGUCUCUCCGAUGUAUUUUGAUAACGAGGGUGAAUUGCUUAAAAUUGCCAACUAUUCACCAAAAGCGAAGGUUGUUCUUGGAAUCAAGACGCUCCAAUCAGAACGAAAAGCUUUUGAGUGCUCCGAUCCUCCGCCGCUUCCUUCUGCCUUCGCUGUCAAGUACGGUGCCCCGAAAUUGAAGUGGUCCUCUUUGUUUAAGUGUGCGAAAUCCCUGAAGCUUGACGUCGUUGGAAUUAAAGUUGACGUGGGGGCUCCUUGGGACAAUUCAGAUGAAUAUAUUGAUGGAUUGCGUAACGCAUAUGACGCUUUUCAAAUGGGGAAAGAAUGUGGCUUUUGCAUGAGAUUGGUGGAUUUGGGAUCCUUCUUCCCUGUUGAUGCAAACCCACAGUCCCCUCAUCUCGUGGAAGCGCAUAAAAUGGAGAAAAUGAAAAAAGGAAACGAGAUUUGGAGCCGACAGAAGUUGAUCAUCAGUGAUGGAAGGUUUCAGUCGUUUGGAUUAACAGCUUUGGGACUGAGGAUCCCACAUCCAACUGUGCUGAUGAUGACAGAGGAAUUAGAUGAAAAUACAGAUGAGUCUCCCGAUCCAUUAUUUGGUGCACCUGAAAUUGGAGAGAUAAAUACAAUUAUUCCGGGAACUCUAAUGAACGUCAGGAACAUUGUAUGUAGAGAAGAUCAAAACGAGCUUGUUGAUACUCUUGUCUUCGGGAAUACAUGCAGCUGGGACGACAUCAUUGGUGCUGAAAACAGUCGUAUGCAAUUGCCAUUACUCUCAGAGGGCGACUGGUUGGUAUUUCCAAAUAUGGGAUCCUUCACGUUGACUUUAGGAUCAACUUUCAAUGGACUUCCGCUGCCGGAAAUAGUGAGAU